CUCCAAAUUCAGUUGGAUUUUCACUUGGAAAAUGUCAAAACUAACUAGCUAGGUUAAGCUAAUUGAUACGGACGAAUCGGUCAUAUUUCCACAAGUGGAAAAAACUAGCUAGUUUAAAAUGCAAAUAUGAAACAGGCAGAUAUUUCUUCUAUGGUAUAAGUGACAGAUUGGAAAGGAUGAUUGAAGGAAAGCAACGCAUCAAAUAUAUGGAGGACUAUUUGGAGUCCAGCAAUGUAUCUAAUGAUCAAUGUGGAUGGUUAGGUUUGGGGUUGAAAUUAAGUUGAUUGGUCGAGUAAUGACCAUAAUUAUGGCAGAGAUUAUAUUAUAUUAUAGAGUAGUAUAAGAUCCAACAUAAUUUUAUCUCAACAACUCGAAUUUUUGGGAUCAACUGGUUCCUGACACGGUAUUGUAGCUGGUUUGGUCAAGUGGUCGUUUGUUCGAAUCUCCACGACCCCUAAUAUUAACAUUUGAUUAAAACACAAGGUAUGGUGGGUCUGUGCAAACUUCAAGUAUGUGGGUUGACUUUCGUUUGAGAGGGCGUGCAAGAGAGUGGUAUAAGAAUCAUAAUAACAUUCUCCACCACAAAAGGUAUGGUGAUCGCCUGUGCAAAUUUCACGAUCAUGGGUUGACUUUCGUUUGAGAGGGUGUGUUAGAGGGUGGUAUAAGAUCUGUGCAUAAGAGUGUGCAAAAACUCGGUCUGGGUCCAAUGGCAUUUGAAUCAAAGACCAAAUUUAUACAAAGAGACCAAACUAGCUUCAAUUCCGUUAUUGUUCUCAAAUUUCCUCUAAUUAAUUUCAGAUCAAUUUUUAGCUAUCGUAUUUUAAACCACACCGACCUGACUAUCAAUGAACAAAAUCUCCACUCUCCAAAUUGGAUACAAACUCUACAAGGGAAGAGAGAUAUAUCUCGGUUCAUCAGACAAAAAUAAAUAAAUAAAUAAAUAAAUAAAUAAAUAACAAAGAAGAAAUAUCGACCGAGUAACAGAAUCAAGAUUGCUACGUACUUUUGCCAUUCAUGUUUUAUUUUUAUUUUUUACUUACCAACCAUAACAAUAAUAGCAAAAAGAUAGAUAACCAAAUCUCCCGUACAAAGGGGGAAAGAGAUCCGACUAAUCACAAAAUCUACCUCUAAUGGCCAACGAUGAAGAAACCAUCUCAGAACCAGCUGCAGAUCACGAUGCCAGCACUAAUAUCAAUGGGAUCGCCGCCGCCGGUCGCGAAGAAGGAGCAGAAGAAAUCGCCGUGGCAGUACCGGAUGACGACGGCAAUAAUGGAAAUCGGCGGUUCAGCAAACGCGAGAUAGUCGGGGAGAUGAAGAAGCAGGCGGGGCUGGCGGGCCCACUCGUGUCGUUCAAUUUCCUGACGUAUUUGUUACAAGUGAUCUCCGUGAUGUUCGUCGGCCACCUCGGCCCCUCGCCGGCGCUUCCCUCGCCACUUCUUUCGCUUCCGUCACCAGCUUGACUCUCUUGGUACGUAAAUUAGCUAGCCUCCGCCAGUCUCUCUCUCUCUCUCUUAGCGUUUUUCGCCGCUGGGUAUCUUUUUCUUUUCCAGCUUCUUCCGUGACGGUGACGGUGACGGUGAUGAUAUUGACAUGUAACCACCGAAGUCCGAAUGGAAGAACAAAAAAAGGGAAAAAUGCUACUUUCGUAAUAUGAAAUUGCUUGUUAGUCGAAAUGCUUGACGGUGACGGUUACGUUUUUGUCGAAAUGUGAAUGAAAUUGCUUAUUCACAAUCAGCUUGGAUCAAUCGAAUUAUGAAGUUUCGGGUUUGUGAAAUCGUACUAGACGUCUUAUUAUUGGACAACGAAGUGUUAUUAACUUAUUAUGAUUUAAAUGUUUAAUUAUGAAAUAAAUAUACGUGAAUUCA